AUGGCAGUUAUAAAAUCGAUUUAUCGUCUAACAAUCCGUCAUUAUAUCAUUCUAUGUUCCGUACUUGUUCUUUUUAGCAUUGGUUUUAGUUUAAUAUUUUUUCUUGAAGACAAUACAGAAGAAUUGAUUGAUUUGAGUGAGUAUGAUGAUAAAAUUACCUUCUGGAGUAGUGAUUAUCAUAUAAGUCCAAUACAUGAUCUCAAACAUUUAUUAAUACCAUUAGGUGUUCGUUUUAUUGAUAAAAGUCUGUCAGGUUCAUGUAGUUUAACAGAUACUUGUGCAAAAAAUCUUCGUAUAUUAUCUUCACAUAAUGGAAUGAACCCAAAUAAAGCAAUUCGAAAGCAAUUUUAUAACUAUUAUAAAAAUCAUUCAUUAAUGAAUCGUGUUGAUGCAUUUAUUUGUUUUCAUCCAGCAGCUAUGUGUGAAUUAUUUAUGCCAUUUAAUCGUACAAUUAUUAUUAUUGCAUCAACACGUUAUGAGCUUAGCCGAUUUUCAGUUGACGAAUGGAAUGAAUGGAAUAAGAAUUUACGUAUUAUUGCUUCUAAUCCUCGAAAUAUUGUUGCGGCGAAUAAUCUGUAUGAUGCUGAAUAUAUAAGAUAUUUUACUGGUAUUAAUACAACUGUUUUACCUUCAAUAUGUGAUUAUACGAAAGCUGUCUAUCAAUUCAAAUAUAAACGUCGUGAAUAUAUUUUUAUUCCAACACAUAAACACAUUUCUUUUAAUGAACAAUUUCUUAAUGAAUUAAAACUUUCAAUAAAAAAAUUCAGUGCAUCAAUAAUUAUUAAGCCUUUACGAGAAUUGUACAAAUUUUAUCGUUAUGCAAAUUUAGUUCGUCAUCCAGCUAUUGUAUAUUUACCAUAUCAAGUAUCACUAAUGGGUAUAUUUGAACAGUAUACAAUGAAUAUUCCACUAUUUUUUCCAUCAAUUGAUCUUUUAAGUGAAUGGCAUUUAAAAUAUAGUAUUGUAUUUGACCGAACAUGGGAGAAAGCUUUAACUGGUGUAAGUAAAAAUUGUUCAACUAUACCAGGUUAUGAUUUAAAUUCCACUAUACCUGAUCCAAAUAAUGAAUAUGAUUAUUCGUCAAUACGGUAUUGGUUACAAUUUGCUGAUUUUUAUCAAUGGCCACAUAUAACAUAUUUUAAUUCAACUGAUGAUCUUGCUAUAAAAUUAAUAAAUACAAAUUUAACAUUUAUCAGUGAGCAAAUGUCUGAAUAUAAUCAUAAAAAAAAACUUAAAAUACUUGAACAUUGGAAAAUAAUUCUAAAUCGUAUAUCUACAUCAUCAUUUUUUUUAAAGAAAAAAGAAAUGAAAAUAAAAAAUAUAAAAUAA